AUGAGUGUCACUGUCUGCAGAAUAGGUGGGUCGGCAUUGUAUAAGGUAUCUAAUUUCCUGAUUGAAGAGUAUGAAGACAAGGAUAGCCAUCAGUUCAAGAGCGAGAAUUCGAAGACAGUCGCAAACGAUGAUUUGCCUGCUCUUCAAAGCGGAUGUGACCCCGCUAUUGUUGACGAACUGGAACGGUUGAGGAGGUCGAACAAAAAGGCACGAUGUAUCGCGAACAAUGGCAGAGAAAUGACUUUGCAGAGACAGGUAGCUUUGCAUUUUCUGGGUAUUGUUUAUAAGUUCAUUUUCAUCGAGUCGGAUUUGCUCGUCCUGCUUAACUACGUUGCACAGCAUGAUCCUCGAUGUGUGUGGAAUGAUACCGUAUCAUUCGCGGGUGCUGAUCAGGUUUCCUUUUCUUAUGCUCUUGGUGAUCUCAGUAAACAAUGGCAUUCCAUAACUAGAGAUGCUUUGGUGGAUGCAUCACGAGCACUUUCGAGCAUGAAUAUAAGUAGGAAGAAGGAGGGAAAUGUUAUUUUGCAUCCAGGUGAGCUAAAACUGGUCUCAAUAGGAUUCCGCGGCUCGGUGGUAGUGCGGCAGAGGAUUGAACAGUCUCAGAAUGCGCAUCGGAAGUCAUUUUUGACAGCAGCGGAUUGGCUUGUAUCGAAUCAAGAUGAAAAUGGUGGCUGGCCAGUUCCAGUCGAACGCGCUAUCGCCGACCGGCGGCUAGUGCUUCCAGCUGGUUGGUAUUCCGCAAUGGCUCAGGGGCAUGGCUUAUCUUUGCUUACUCGCGCCUAUACUGCAACACAUAACAACUCUUACCUGGCCGCUGCCAGCAAAGCGCUUCAUCUUUUUGAACUGAAAGCUGGAGAAAGAGGGGUUCGAAAUGAGUUGUUCGGUCAUGUUUGGUUUGAAGAGUAUCCAACAUCUCCAGGCAGUUUUGUACUGAAUGGAUUUAUGUACUCCUUAAUUGGCUUGUUCGAUCUUAGCUCUGUGAGCAUCAGAGGGGAAGUAGCUGACGAAGUGCGCCUCGGAACUGAACGAGCAUCCAUACUUUUCUCCUCUGGCCUGGAUUCUCUUCGGGCUCUCUUACCUUUAUAUGACACUGGAAGCGGAUCAAUCUACGAUUUGCGACACAUAGGUCUACAUACAGCACCCAAUCUUGCUAGAUGGGAUUACCAUGCGGUGCAUGUUUAUCUGCUGAAGUGGCUCGUACAAAUUACCGGUGAUAAAACCUUAGAUGAAACCGCGGACAGAUUUAUUGCUUACUCAUGGGGUAAAAAAGCUAAACACAACUGACAGGUACUACACUGCAACGACUGUGAUUAUAAUAUUAUAAUUUUGUGUAAUCAUUGGGCCAGUAUGGUCGUUUGUGAUAUCUGCUCAACUUCUCAUGCAAUUACACGAAUAGCAUAUUUCUUGACUUUCUUUUAGAUUAGUCAUCGCUUAGUGCAUUCACCUUUGCUCUUUGUCAUGAAUCUUGUUUCAGAUCUGCAUGAUCACUGUAGCACUGGACUCUGUCAAGAUUCUGUAAACAUCUUUUUUU